GCGUUGAAUUGCACUCUAGAUUCUUCUUUGUUUCCAUGGCACUCUGCUCGUAGGAAAUGAGGGAGGUAGAAAGCAAAAAAAACACGCGACUUUGCUGGGUUUCCAUUCUUCUGUAGCAAUCGCAGCUGUGAUGACCGACUGAUUCCCCAGGCACCCAGUUCCAUGUUCGAGUCUCUGGAAGGACUUCCCUGCCUUGUCAUCCGGUGUUUUCCUACUUGCAGAAUUUCUCAGUCUAUCAGUCAAGUGCGAGGAGCUGUGAGCGUAUGAUCUUGCUUUAAACUCUGCCAUGUCUAAUGCACGAGUGACCUUGCAAGAGCUGGUCGAGAAUGGCCAUCUCAACACAGUUCCUGACGACUUCUUGGUUUCUGAGGAGGAUCGGGUGAAGUUGGAGGAUGGCUCCUGUAGUCUUGAGCUGCCUGUCAUCGACAUGGCUGGGAUAGAGGGAGAGCGCCGCGGUCUUGUAGUGCAGCAGAUCCGAAGUGCUUGUAAAGAGUGGGGAUUCUUUCAAGUGAAGGACCACGGCGUGCCUUUGUCGUUGAUGAAGAAGAUGCAGCAGGAGCUCCGCCAGUUCUUCGAUCUUUCUUACGAGGAAAAGAGCAAGAUUCGGGCGAAAACUGUAGGAGAUUCUCUUCCAGAUGAGGGCUACAGUGAUAGAAUGAGCCACAAAGAGGGCAGAAGUUCCAAUUGGAGUGAUAAAUUGCGUCUGUACACGUUGCCUGUUUCUGGGCGUCGAUACGAGCUGUGGCCCACGCAUCCUCCAAGUUUCAGAGAAACAGUGGAAGCCUAUGCAGAGGAAACAGACAAGCUGAUGAGACGAAUCUUGGAGCUCAUCUCUGAUAGCCUCGAGUUGGAAACCUCUCACCUCAAUGACUACUUCUCCGGAAAAUACCAGCAAGUGUAUCAAGUGAAUUACUACCCUUCCUGUCCACAGCCGGACGUCACCAUGGGACUGAGGAAGCAUUCGGACAACAAUGUGCUCACUCUUGUGUUGCAAGAUGGCAAUCCAGGAUUGCAAGUGAGGAAGGAUGGACAAUGGAUCACUGUGAAGCCCGUGGAGGGAUGGUUCGUUGUAAACGUUGCAGAUCAAAUUGAGCUUUUGAGCAAUGGGAGAUAUAGAAGUGUCGAGCACCGUGUGUUUGUAAGUUCAAAGCCUCGCAUUUCACUUGCUACGUUCCAUGCCCCAACGAACGACACUGUCGUUGGUCCCAUUCCAGAGUUGCUCGGUCCGAAGGAGCGUCCCAGGUACAAAGCAUGCUUGUUUUCAGAGUUUAAGGAGUCGUUUUAUUAUGCCGGCUGGGCGAAAGCCCUUACUGGCAAAGGGCACCUUGAUCACUUGCUAGUCGUUUAGGAUUGACACUGUCGAAUGUUCCAAGAGCAGCUGAAAUUCACUACAUUGUACUACAGAUUUAAUUUGAAGGAUGUUGAACUGACCAGUCAACAUUUGAGUCACAACAGCAAUAAAGUUGAUAUACCGAAAUUGUUUUGUGUAGA